AUGGAGGAAAUACCCGACAGUCACGCGUACGCGGAAGCGCCAAUGGAGGGCGUGGAGAUGGAAGAAACUGUGCAGGGUGUCGAGGCACCUUCUAACGAGGAUGGACACGCUUUCUCAGCACCGGAAGCGGCGGCGGAGCCAGGAUCGAGCGCCGCUGAAUACUUCGCGGCGACGGAUGCGGGUUUCCCGGCGUCCGAUGCGGCGCCAGAUGCGGCGGCUGAUGCGGGUUACCCAGCGCACGAGAGCGCGGCAGCGGCGGCGGCGGCGGAGCUGGAAGGCGACGGAAGGGACGCGGAAGGAACGACGGCAGCGCCGACGACGGUGAUAACGGAAGAUGCGGAGAACCUUCUGGACGACAUGCUGGGAGAGUCAGAUCCUACAACUGAGCCUGCUGCCGAACCAGUUCCUGCUGAGCCUGCUCCCGUGGCUGAUGCACAAGCUGCGAUCACUGCGGUUGGUGGGGAGGUUCUUGCCGAUGCUGCCCCUGAGGUUUCUCCCCCUGCUGCGGAAACACCUGCAGAGGAAUCUGCUCCUGCAGAGGAAAUGGCACCAGCGGAGGGGACAUCAGCAGGCGCGCUAGAGGGAACCGGAACUGGUGCAGAGGUGUAUGCUCCUACAGAGGAACCUGUUGCUGCAGAGGAAUCUGCUCCUGCAGAGGAGAGCCAACCGCAGGGUGGUAACCAGGAGUCUGUUCCGCCAGUGGGGGACGCACAGGGGGAGGCGGAAGCGGCUCCGCCAGUAGAGGGGAUGGGUAUGGAUGUGAAGCAUGGUGAUGGGAGUGGUGCGUACGGGCAGCAGGAGCAGGGGCAGCCUAUAACGGGUAUGGGCCUGGAUGUGAAGGUGGGAGAGGGAGGCCUGGAAGGGGGGCAGGUGGUGGGGGGAGAGGGGGAGGUGAUGGGGGAGGGAGGGCAAGUGGUGGGGGGAGAGGGGGAGGUUAUGGGGGAGGGAGGACAAGGGGAGGGAGAGCAUAUGGGAGAGCAUAUAGAUGAGCAGGAGGGGGAUGAAGUGCUUCGGCUUCGGAUGGGUAUGGAUGUGAAACCUGAUGGGGAAACAGCGGAAGAGGCGCAGAUGGUGGGGGGAGAGGGGCAGGUGGCAGGGGGCGAGAUGGCGCAUGAAGGGGAGAUGGUGCAGGGGGGAACGGGCGAGCAGGGGGGAGUGGGGGGAGAUGCGCAAUACGAGCAGCAGGUUGGCGCAGUGGGCAGCGCGGGCGGGGAGCACGGGGAGCAUGGGGAGCAUGGGGAGCAUGGGGGGCAGCCGCAUGAAGGGGAGGCGCAGGCGGGGGGAGAGCAUGGGGGCCAUGGGGGGGAGGCGCAUGCAGGGGGGGAGCAUAUGGUGCACGAGUAUGCAGCGCAGGAGCAUGGGGGUGGGGAGUACGGGGCACAGGGGUAUGUGGGGGAGGCUUAUGCGGGGCAGCAGCAAGAGGGGGAGGCUUAUGCGGGGCAGCAGCAGCAGGAGGGGCAGGAGUAUGCGGGGCAGCCGUUAGGAGGAGAUGUGGAAAUGCAGGAGCAGCAACAAGGAGCAGUGGUGGGGGAAGGAGGAGAGGUGGUAUACGCACCUACUGCUGCUGCUGAUGCCGCUGAUGCUGGUGAUGCGUCUGUUGAAGCUGGAUAUAUGGCGGCUAAACCUGAUGCUGAUGCCUACGCUGCUGCUGUUGCUGCCGCUGACACCGCAGCAGCAGAAGCAGAAGCGGCAGCAGCAGGUGGUGCGGCAGGGGCUGGUGGGGCGGGAAUGGAAGGGGUGCGGAUGCAGGGGGAAGCGGAAGCAGCACACAUGGCCGGGGGCGCGGAGGGAUACACUGAAGCGGGGACCCAUGAAGGGUACACAGGAGCAGGGGCGCAAGAAGGGUAUAUUACUCAGGGUAAUGAAGGGAUGGGGAUGGUUGAUGAAGGGUAUGCUCAGGGGGAACAGGGGGAGCCUCAGGGUGGGUACACGGGAGAGCAGGGCCAGGCACAUGAGGGGUACGGGCAAGAGGGGGCGCAUGCAUAUGCGGUUGGUGGGGAGGCUGGAGGGUAUGCGGAAGGGCAGAUGGAGGGACACGUGGAGGGGCAGAUGGGGGGACACGUGGAGGGGCAGAUGGAGGGACACGUGGAGGGACAGAUGGAAGGACACGUGGCACAGCCUUACGUGGAAGGAGAAGCCACAGCAGGAGGAAUGGCAGCAGGUGAAGCAGCAGCAGGAGAAGCUGCAGCAGGGGAGGCCGAAGCAGCGGCAGCAGGAGGAGGAGAAGGUGCAGGGGCAGCAGAAGGGGCGGGAGCGGGCGGUAAGGAGAUGGUCCUGGCUGGCACUGAGGCAACGGAUCGGAUUCUGUCAAGUGUGGAGGCGGCAGAUCUGAUUCUGAUGCAGCAGCAGCUGCCACAGCCGCCGCCCGGGCCGGCAGUGGGCAACCUGAUGAUGCUGCCCAUGCUGCUGGAUCAGAUCGAAGCGCACAUCCUGUUCUAUGGACGCAUCUUUCGCAAGGAGCCUUUGGAGGAGGAGCUGCGGAAUCUCGUCUUUGCCUCCAUGCCCUCAGACCUAGGCACACCGGAGCAUGAGCGCUGGCUUGAAGUGGUGGAGGCUUGGGAGGAGCGCAAGCGCAUGAUUGGCUACCAAGCCUCGGGCGGCCGAGGCAGGGGGAGAGGUCGGGGCCGAGGUAGGGGGAGGGGCAGGGGGCGGGGGAGGGGGAGGGGGAGAAGGGGCGCGUAUGCUGCCCAUGGGGGGGGAUAUGGGGGCAGGGGGGAAUACCCGGGGGAAGAAGGGGAGGAAGAAGGGGAGGAGGGGUAUUACGCAGGGAACGGGAUGGGGGCAGGGGGGAUGAGGAGAGGGGGAGUGUGGGAUUCGGAGGGAAUGGAAGGGGAAGAGGGUAAUCCAGGGGAAAUCGACGGGGAAAUUCCCCACAGAAAAUACCGAGUCGGGCCUAGAAUCCCUGCAGAAGCGCAGAAAUUGGGGGCGGUUUUGGGGAGGGCGGCGUGGGGGAAAGUGGAGGAGGAAGAGGCGAGGGAGUAUCUGUUGGGUUUGGCCCCGGAUAGGGCGAUUGCAGAGGAAGCUGCUGGGAGGGCGGCUGCUGCUGCUGCGGUGGCAGGGAAGCAUGCCGCUGCUGCUCUUGGGUUGGUGUGUGUGGAUGGGGCGAAGGGGAAGGAGGAGGGGAAGGGAGGAGAGGAGAAGAAGGAUGAGGUUGCUGGUGCUGGUGUUGCUGAUGAUGCUGGUGUUGGAGGUGCUGUUUCUGCUGCUGUUCCUGCUGCGGUGGCUGAUACUGUUGCUGAUGCUGGUGCUGCUGAUACUGCUGCUGCUGCUGCUGCUGCUGGCGCUGGAAAGGAGGGAGCAGAUGCUAUGGAAACCGAAGAGAAGGUGACUGCAGAGGAAGCAGCCGAGAAGGUGACUGCAGAGGAAGCAGCCGAGAAGGUGACUGCAGAGGAAGCAGCUGAGAAGGUUCCUGCAGAGGAAGCAGCAGAGAAGGUGCCUGCAGAGGAAGCAGCAGAGAAGGCAGCAGACCGAGCGCUGCUAAUGGCGAAGGACUCGGCUGUCAGUGCAGGCAAAGCCAUGCUGGCUCUCGAUCGUGACCUGGACGCCAUGUGGCAGGAGCUCUAUGAGGUGGACAACUGCCACGUGGAGGCUGACAGCUCAGCAGGGAAGCUGGCUGCCCAGGCAUUGGCUGCUGCUGCUGUGGCCCGCGCGUCGGCUGCCGCUGCCAAGUCAGCGUGGGACUUAGUUAAGUAUUAUAGGAGUAAGGUGGGGUUGAUAAUGAUGGAGGAGGAGGGGAGGGAGUGGAGGGAGGGGGGCGGGGGAGGAAGGGGGAGAGGAGGGAGGAAGGGGGAGAAAGGAGGGGUGAAGUAUGUUCUUGCGCUGCAGGUUAAGCCAAGGAGGGUUAGGAGGACGGCUAGGGAGCUUGGGAAGAUGGGAGAUGGGGUGUGGGAGGAGGAGGAGGACGAGGAGGAAGUGGAGGGGUUGGAAGGGGUGCAGGGGGCUUCUCUUAUGGACGAAUCGGGAGCUGCCACGUGGACGGAGGAGGAAGGGUUUGGGGGAGGGGGAGGAGGAUCGGGGGGGAGGGGAGGGAUAGGGGGAGGAGUAGGGGGGGGGAUGGGGGGAGUGGUAGGCGGAGGGUAUGGGGAGGAGGAAGGGGAGGAGGAGGCGGAGGAAGAGGGGGGACAGACUCUGCGACACAAGUUCACUGUGGGGUCGUUUGUAGAGGUGGCGUCCAACGAGGAGGGCCUGAGGGGCAGCUGGUUCACCACGGGCACGGUGCUGCAGAUCGUGGGCAACUCACCGUCUCCCCACCCACGCAUCUGUGUGCCUGCACUCCUUUGCACUCCUUUAUCGCCCUCACUGCCACAGGUGGCGUCCAACGAGGAGGGCCUGAGGGGAAGCUGGUUCACGGGCACGGUGCUGCAGAUUGUGGGGAACCGGGCGUUGGUGCGAUACGACGAGCUGCUGGACGACGUUGGCACCCACCAGUUGGAGGAGUGGGUGGGGCUGGUCCCGCCCUCCCCUACUGCAAGCGACGCUUCUCGUUUCGUCUCAGGCGUACCAUCAGCUCCCCAGAGGAAGGGCGCGCAGCCGGAGAGGCGGCUGAGGCCGGGGAGGGAGAGGGGGAGGCGGCGGCGGGUUGCCAUGGGGCGCGUGUGGGCCGUGGGAAACAGAGUCGACGCGUGGGUUGACGACGGGUGGUGGGAGGGGGUCGUGACUGCAGUGGACGCACAGGGACCUAAAAUCAGGGGCUUCACUGUGGAGUUUCCAGGGUACGGGGAGAUGGGGCAGAAGCAGGUGCGGCCAUGGGAGCUGCGGCCGUCAAUGGUGUAUGACACACAGGGCCACCUCUGGCACCUCGUUAAAGUCAAGGGCGCGUCGCUUGCUGCUGUGGUGGGGGGAGCAGGGGGCGAUGAGGAGGAGGAAGAGGAGGACGUGGAGGUGGAAUAUGUGGGAGAGGACGCCGGUGCCGCAAUGGAAAUGAUGGAGAGGCCUCGGAAGAGAGGCCGACCGUGCUUGCACUGA